AUUAUUAGGUCACCAUGUUCAACACACAAGCUUAGAUAAGCCGAGUCUUCACUGUGGACGUAUGUGAUCACGACGUCAUGUCAGCUUGGCAUUAUCGAGGAAGAACCCUACAUCUACAUCAACAAUGUGAUAAUAACGGUCCAGAUGUAUGGGAACAGAAGAUAAUGCUCGAGGCCUGCAGUGUUAUGUUAUAGGGUUGACUGUAUGCUUGAGUAAAGAGGAUUAUACGACAGACCCAGAAGUACUUGUGUGAGGUCAACUUUGACUUCGCUUCCUAUGUAUGAAAUGGGUUGAGAUAAUAUGCGUUCAGCAGAAGUAUGCUGUUAGUGGUGUAGAUGGGAGAAUUAUACGUCUCGCCUCGAAGUAUGAUCUCGGAAUUGCUCCUUUCUGUGUUAUAAGGGAAGACUGCACUGAAGUUACUCUAGCUGGUUGAAAUUUAAACUUGUAUGAUACUGAAGAAUUAUACAACCCUCCAUGAAGUAUGACUUCUGAAUUACUUCAUCUCACGUAAAAUGGGAGAAAUCCGAUGCGACUACCCCACAGUGGGUUGGAGAUUGAACUUUCAUGGCGUUGUUCAGUUAUACGUCUGAUCGGAUAGUACAGCUACAGAGUCUAGGAUGUGCGUGGUAUAAGACGGGAGCAUUAUACGGUCUGUAGAAAAGUACGAUGUCUGGUUUACACGUCGUGUGUCUGUGGACUCUGUGGCUUGUGAGUAACGCUCUAAUCCACGCCCUCACCUCAGGGAUGCAGUCUGCGUUUGACGUCAUCCACACUCCCGUGAUGCAAUGUAACGACUCUUGUGCAAGAUUGGUCCCAGAAGAGUUCCUAUUCCUUGAGACGGCCCCAUGUCCUCCCGUUUGGAACCUCUCAUUAAUCUGUCAACACAGCUCCCGCCUGGACUGUGACGAGGUGGCGGCCAUCUUGGAUCGUUGUAUUUCUCAGUAUGACGUAGACUGUGAUACUGUGUUCUCCGCACUAGAUGCUUGUGUUUGUGACUUCAACUUGACUUGUUCUUCUUUGAACGACACGUAUUUCAACAACUGUGGCUGGAAAAACAGAGAUUAUUCGUGUCGACGUCCUCCGACAACUUUAGUUGUUCCUUCUUCAGGUGUCCCUGGUGGAAACACCACACCGUCAGCUGUGGAAAAUAGUACUUCUCUGUCUGACGCUGGAGAUAAAACAGUAGAUGGGGUGCAGCCCGUGACAACGGAGGCGACCACCCCUCUGAUUGGCGGGUCGGUGACGCCCCCCGGACUGUCAUGUGACUCGACUUGCAUCGUGGUAGCAGUGUUGGGCCCGGCCGUGCUCAUGGUUACGCUGAUUGUAUUAUACCGGUGUUACAUAAGAUAUAACAAGCGGACAGGAAAGACCGGACCGGUUCCUAUGACCAAGGUCAAUUCCAUCGACUCUACUACAAAGGAGACCAAAUUCAUUACAUCUAAUGGCAUUCAUCCUGGGGAGAAAAAACAACUCAAAAUCCCGCCAGUGGAGAAACCCUUCGGCAGCAACAUAAAGGCGUCUCUCAAAGUUGGGCGGCCUUGCAGUAAUUUCUGUACUGGAAUGUUCAAUACCACAGACACAGACACCAUUCCCUAUUACAACAGCCGGACGUUGCCUGUGGGUUCGGCCUGGGACAGUGUCACGAUGUCCGGCACGGAAACCAUGACUUUCCGAAUUCCGAGGCCCUCUCUGGUGACCACCUUCCAGUACAAGCCGGAGGAACCGCAGAUGUUUGACACCUUAGUCGGAUACACAAACCCUGUAUAUGAGGAGACGAUCUGAGUAUUGAUGCUAAACACCAAACAGGUGUGUGAUGAAACAAUCUAAAUAUUGACGUUUAUAACUACCAAAUGUUUAUAUGUUGAACAAUGCCUGUUAUACACAUCUGUGUCUGUGAGGCCUGUUACUGAACAAUGACAGUUAUAUCACCUGAGGAUGGUGCAUGAGGUCUGUUACCGCUACUGAAC